GUUUCUGCACUAGACGUCAAUUUUGGUUUUCUAUACUAUCAGUAGUAAAUCGUACUGUUACAAACAAACAAAAUGACGGUUAAAAUUUCAAUUUUUGCUGUCGCUAUGAUUGUGACCUGUGUCUGCGCUGAUGUUAUGUACCAGCCAUCGACAUUAACAAUGACAAUGCCAUAUAUGCCCUACUAUCCAAUGGAUUCACCAAUCUACAAUGAAUACAAGAAAAGUAUAUACACUCUGAACCAAGCUUUAGGAAACAUAUGUUUCGCUUCUCAAAAUGCAUACGACUACAGCACGUUAUACAAAGACCAAGCUAACGUCAAUCUAGAACUAAACGAAUCUAAAAACAGAUUUGAAAGAGCUCUAAGACACUUCGAUGAGAAAAUGAAUGAAUACCGCCAAGCGUUGAUGAACUACAAAAUGUUAUUAGGGUAUAAAAACCCAGUGCCCAUAACAAUGCCUACUCCAAUGCCUACUCCAAUCACAUUGGAUGACAACAUUACCAUCGACCCUGCUGUAAUGUAAUUUCUAAAUAUUACAUAAUUUUAAUAUUUUAUUAAUAAACUGAUUUAAAAAAUGUUGUCAAACAUAAAAA